GUCAGGAGUAAAGGAAGCGAGCUGAUGGUAGCGACAGAAGCCCUCCAGCUACACUGACUGUAGGACUCUUGCAUACAAAUGGAGGAAAGGACUGUCAUCAGAUAAUUGGAGCUUCAGCCUCCAAUUUGCUGAGGGCUCGUCAGAAACCCAAGCAGGUCAUAUGAGAUGUGAAUUUGGUGAAUGAAGAAUGAGGAACUUGAGUAACAACGUUAUUGCAGAGGAUUGACCAGCAUCAUCAUUUCACACGUAUCCUCUUCUGUUUGAGCCCCGCUCAUUCCGUCUAAUCCUGCUCGUCUGCCUCACACACACCUUCAUCUACCGGGUCUGCUGUCCAGCCCAGGCAGAGUGGACCUGUCCCGUUUCCCAGGCCUCGUGCCCUCCCAUCGGCGGCCCGCUCCGGCGGUGUGUUGGUGUACGAUGGCGCGGUGGGACGCUGAGGGCUGCCGCGGGGGACUGUGAUGUCAGAGCCCAACAGCCCGGGCGAGAGCCGGCGUGGCGCUCCCAGAUUCUUCGUGGGCUGCGAGGACGAUGAGAGCGAGGUCCUGGAGGACAGCAUGAGGACAGACAUGGAGCUGUAUGAGGACGAUGAAGACACAGACUCGCCCCCGGAGCGACAGAUCAUGGUGGGGAUCUGCUGCAUGAUGAAGAAGUCCAAGUCCAAGCCAAUGACCCAGAUCCUGGAGAGGCUGUGCAGGUUUGAGUACAUCACUGUGGUCAUCUUCCCAGAGGACGUCAUCCUCAAUGAGCCUGUGGACAAAUGGCCUCUGUGUGACUGCCUCAUCUCCUUCCACUCCAAAGGCUUCCCGCUGGAUAAGGCAGUGAGCUACGCCAAACUCAGAAACCCGCUGCUUAUCAAUGACCUGAACAUGCAGUACUACAUACAGGACAGGAGAGAGGUGUAUCGCAUCCUGCAGGAGGAGGGGAUUGAUCUACCACGCUAUGCUGUGCUAAACCGUGACCCAGAUAAACCAGAUGAGUGUAACCUGGUGGAAGGAGAGGACCAUGUGGAGGUGAACGGAGAGAUAUUCCAGAAGCCUUUUGUUGAGAAGCCUGUCUGCGCUGAGGACCACAAUGUCUACAUCUACUACCCCACCUCUGCUGGUGGUGGCAGUCAGCGCCUCUUCAGAAAGAUUGGGAGUCGGAGCAGCGUGUACUCUCCAGAGAGCAGUGUGAGGAAGACUGGCUCUUACAUCUAUGAAGAGUUCAUGCCAACAGAUGGAACCGAUGUUAAGGUGUACACUGUGGGGCCGGACUAUGCUCAUGCUGAGGCCCGGAAGUCCCCAGCUCUGGACGGGAAGGUGGAGAGAGACAGCGAGGGCAAGGAGGUCCGCUACCCUGUCAUGCUUUCAGCCAUGGAGAAACUGGUGGCCCGUAAAGUUUGCUUAGCAUUCAAGCAAACUGUCUGUGGCUUCGACCUUCUUCGAGCCAAUGGACACUCCUAUGUGUGUGAUGUCAACGGUUUCAGUUUCGUGAAGAACUCAAUGAAGUACUAUGAUGACUGUGCCAAGAUCCUCGGGAACAUCGUGAUGCGUGAGCUGGCUCCUCAGUUUCAGAUUCCUUGGUCCAUCCCUACUGAGGCAGAGGACAUCCCCAUUGUUCCCACCACUUCAGGGACCAUGAUGGAGCUGCGCUGUGUCAUUGCUGUCAUCCGACAUGGAGACAGAACGCCUAAACAGAAGAUGAAGAUGGAAGUUCGCAACCCCAUGUUCUUUGAUCUGUUUGAAAAAUAUGGAGGAUACAAAACAGGGAAACUAAAGCUGAAGAAGCCAAAACAACUGCAGGAGGUGCUGGACAUCACACGGCAGUUGUUAGCAGAACUAGGACAACACAAUGACUGCGAGAUAGAGGAGAAGAAAUCCAAACUGGAGCAGCUGAAGACUGUUCUGGAAAUGUAUGGCCACUUCUCGGGGAUCAACAGAAAAGUGCAACUAACUUACCUGCCCCAUGGGCAGCCCAAAACCUCCAGUGAGGAAGAAGACACACGUAAGGAGGGCCCAUCUCUGCUGCUGGUGCUGAAGUGGGGGGGGGAGCUGACUCCUGCUGGCAGAGUGCAAGCUGAGGAGCUGGGAAGGGCCUUCCGCUGUAUGUACCCUGGAGGACAAGGAGACUAUGCUGGAUUUCCAGGCUGUGGGUUACUGCGGUUACACAGCACCUACAGACAUGACCUGAAGAUAUACGCGUCUGAUGAAGGCAGGGUGCAGAUGACAGCCGCAGCUUUUGCAAAGGGUUUGCUGGCUCUGGAGGGCGAGCUGACACCCAUCCUGGUGCAGAUGGUGAAGAGUGCCAACAUGAACGGGCUGCUGGACAACGACAGCGAUUCGCUGAGCAGCUGCCAGCACCGUGUCAAGGCCAGGCUCCACGAGAUUCUGCAGAAGGACAGGGACUUCACUGACGAGGACUACGAUAGGCUGGCCCCGACCUCUAGUGCCUCUCUGGUGAAUUCAAUGAAGAUAGUCCAGAACCCAGUGGCCACAUGUGACCAGGUUUAUGCCCUCAUCCAGAGCCUCACCUCACAGAUCCGCAAAAGAAUGGAGGACCCCAAGUCAGCUGACCUGCAGCUAUACCACAGUGAGACACUGGAGCUGAUGCUGCAGCGCUGGUCCAAACUUGAGAGAGACUUCCGCAUGAAGAACGGCCGCUACGACAUCAGUAAAAUACCUGACAUUUAUGAUUGUGUGAAGUAUGAUGUCAUCCACAACGCUACUCUAGGCCUGGAGGACACACUGGAGCUGUUCAGACUGUCUCGAGCUUUGGCUGACAUCGUCAUCCCACAGGAAUACGGCAUAAAUAAAGUGGAGAAAUUGGACAUAGCAUACGCCUACUGCCUCCCACUGGUCAGAAAGAUUCAGCUUGACCUGCAGAGGACCCAUGAGGACGAGUCUGUCAACAAACUACAUCCUCUGUACUCUCGUGGAGUGAUGUCUCCAGGGCGCCAUGUCAGGACACGUUUAUAUUUCACCAGUGAGAGUCACGUCCACUCACUGCUCAGCAUUUUCCGCUAUGGAGGCUUGCUCGAUGAGGAGAAGGACCAGCAGUGGAAGCGUGCCAUGGAUUACCUCAGUGCCGUCUCUGAGCUCAACUACAUGACUCAGAUUGUCAUCAUGCUGUAUGAGGACAACAAUAAGGACCUGACCUCUGAGGAACGCUUCCACGUGGAGCUUCACUUCAGCCCGGGGGUCAAAGGCGUCGAGGAGGAGGAGAAUGCACCUACCGGCUUUGGUUUCCGGCCCGCUUCUGCAGAGGUGGCACGACAGAACGGGCAGAAACAGCCCGACCCCGGCAGCCUGGAGGACCUCUCACGUGACGAGACGGACCGUGCUGUGCCAUUGUCUGAGCCAAUCACUAUUCAGAGGAGGUCCCCGCUCAUACGCAAUCAUAAGACUGGAUCAAUGGAGGUCCUGUCGGAGACAUCAUCUUCCAAAGUAGGCAGUUAUCGCCUCUUCUCGUUCUGCUCACGUCAGUCCCCAGAGAUGAAACAAAGUGGAUUAGGCUCUCAGUGCGCCGGGCUCUUCAGCACCACUGUCCUAGGUGGGUCUUCUAGCGCCCCUAACCUGCAGGACUACGCACGCGCACACCGCAAAAAAUUCUCCACCGGCAGUCUGUCCUACAAAGACGAGUUGUUGUCUAUGCCGGCAGUAAAACGAUUUUCUGUGUCGUUUGCAAAGCAUCCGACUAAUGGCUUUGAAGGCUGCUCCAUGGUGCCCUCCAUCUAUCCUCUGGAAACGCUGCAUAACUCGCUGUCACUAAAACAGGUCAACGAGUUCCUCACCGGAGUGUGCGAGAGUGCAGGGGACCCACAUACCAGGACUACCAGAGCUCUGUCAGCCAUGUUUGACACACACAACCAGCCAUCAGUGGACUCGUACAUCCCUCAGAGAGUCCUCUCUUCUUCCAUCUCUCUCAGAUCUCGUUCUGACAGACCUCCUUGGUACAGCAGCGGUCCAUCCAGCACAGUGUCCAGUGCUGGGCCGUCUUCUCCCACCACAGCUGACACUUCCCCACGCUUCAGUUUCAGCGAUAAGAUCUCCCUCACCCCUCAGAGCAGUGAGGAAACUCACUCCUCUCAAAACAUUUCCUCUCAGCCAGCGCCUGCCACUGGAUCACAAAUCCUCGACCUAGCUUGCCCUGCAGUUUUAAACCCAACUGAGGUCCCUCUGACUCCAAAUAACUCACCAGAGGAAGAUGAUGUUACUGGUCACCAGCCAGAUAAUCCUGAACACAUGCAGGAGGGGACAGAGGUGGCCUCUGCUGCUGUGGAUCUUCCAAUUUCAGAUCCUGGCCUGAGGCCGCCCUGCUCUGCAUUAGCUGAGCUCGCUCUGGGUCGGAUGGAGGGUUACUGCCUCCCAGGCUCUCUGCCUGUGCUGCUGGAGCUCAGAGAGAGCAGCAGCGAGGCAGGCUCUAGCUCUCAGACGCCUCAGUCUCCAGAGGGACCUGACGAGUUCUUCGACACCCAGGAGUCCUUGGAGUUAUGGAUGGACAGUCCAGAAAGCCUCCCCCAUCCUGAGACGCCUCUGGAGGUUGGAGCGACUCACACAGCAGAGCCAUAGGGCAUGGAAACUACAGAACAACAGCUCUGUCAGAAACUACUGUGGUUACACCUGUAACUUUACAGGCAUCAUCAUCUUUGUUGUCAAUCAUGAGCAGUGAGGCAUUGUACUGAGCUACAGCCAAUCAGACCUCCCCUCUCCUCCAGCUUGAUGACUGUGUGUUGAGUAAUUACAGGCAGCUGAUCCUCACACUAGGCCCUGUGUUGGAGAAUCAUAUGAUGAUGCCAUACGUGCUGUUUGUUGCCUUUGAAAAAGCACACUGGUGACACACCAGUGACACCGCUGAGCCUCCUCUGACAGUCCACUGGUUCAGUCCAUCUAUCUGUAAAGAUGUAGGAAGCCACUUGUUGCAAGGUGAAGGGUUAAUUGUUAAGUUUAAAUUAAACAACUCUCUUGUUACUGUUGCUUAUAUGCUGUUGCACAAGCCCUUUCCUUAAAGCUGCAUUAAUCAAUAUUUGGCCACUAUGGGGCAGGAAAUCUCCAAAACAAACUAAGAGUUCCACAGCCCUGACAUUUUACCAACUUAUAAAGUAGUUAGCAGAUUCUGGGCAACAUUAUCAUCCUACUGGAGUGAUAAUUGUGUCCACCUGAUGAAUGUAAGUCCAAUCUCCGCUCCCCACCAACUCCUGAGAAAAAUAUCUGCCAUUUUAGCUGCUGCUGGAUGUUUCACUAAAUUCACCAGCUCGUUGCUAACAUUGUCUGUCUACCAUUUUGUGCCGGGCAGGUAGUGCACAGUGGAUUUAACAGGGGUAGAGGAGAAUAUUGAGUCUUAACCAGACAUGAAAUGUGCUGUAAAACCAAUAGAGCUAAAAGAUGCUAAAAAAGCUACAUAGAUAGUUGGAGUUGCUGGUAAUUCUGUUUGGGUUUUCACAUGUUCAGUUUAUUCAUUAGAACCAUAAAGAUAUUGAUUAAUGGGGCUUUAAAUUGUGUUCUUUUCUGUCUCUCAUCUUUCUUACCUUCAGCCCUUACUCUUGGUCAGCUGCAGUGCUGAAGUUUUAGCCUUUGUAUUACCAAUUUUCAUAUCAUCUAUCACAGUUAAGUGACGGGUAUCAGGGCAUGUUUCCUGGCGCUGGGGCGGCGACACCUUAUCAUUGCUAUAUGAGCAAAAGCUUUCCUGUUUUCCAUGCUUGUUACAGGAUACAGUGACGUAUAGACCCGCCGCUUUUAUGAGAAACGCAGGAAAUGACUUGCAGCACACGACAGAAAAACUGACAGAAAAUACAAUCAGUAGCUCUUCUGUUCUUUAUCAUACGCCAGAGUCUAUCUUUUGCUGAGCUUCUGUGGUGCUACAUGUUCAGUACCUGCAUUGGUGAUUUAAGAAAACAAAAGCUGAAUGAAUGAAUCUUCAUUGCUGCCAGUAAAAAGUCUAAGUUUAAAAUGUAAGUAAUCUCCAGGUAAAACCGUGUGUGCACUGCUUACUGCCAAAGUCCUUAAGCCUCAUUGAAGAUUUAAUAUAAUCAAUAGGAAAAAAUAGAGAGAAAAUAUUUAUUUUGAAAUUGCAUCUUGAAAAGAAAUGUCUGGUAUUUUUAAUAGCCACACAUUAGAUAUUUAAUUGUACCAUAGCUAAUGUAUAUUUUUUGUAAAAUCACCUCAUGAUGUGGGAAAAUUCUGAAAGCUAAUCUCUCAUUUUAUCACUGAACAAACGGGAGGGGCAUUUUACAUUCAAUGUGCUUUUAU